CCCAUUACCUACCCUAUUCUUACCCCCCACCAACCUCGUCACCUCCUCACUCUACUUCUCUCUUUCUCUCUCUUUCGAAAAUGAGUGGCGCGGGAGAAAACCGCUGGCGUCGGUCAGGACCCCCCAAUCGCCAAAACCAAGAUGCGCGCAGCGGCACAAAUACCCCCACCAACCCAGGCGGCCGACAACAAGCGCUCUCCACGCUGUCUGGAAAUGCCUGGGGCUCAGCGAAGGGAAAGGCUGCUAGCGGUGGAGGCGAUCGAGGACCUAACCAAUCCUCCACUCCUCAGGCAGAUAGGCAUGUGCCUGUGAAGGACUUCAAUGCUGCUGAGGUCAAGGAAUUCCUUAAGAAAAAAUAUGUCGAGAACACUACCAACUCUCCCGCCGUAUAUCACAAAGUUCAGGGCGACUCGGUCCCAAAAAGAAGCAGUGGUGCUUGGGGCUCUCGAGGAAACAUGAGCCACCUCAUGCCGAACGGGCAAGACUUCUUCACUCAGCUGAAGAAGCAGUUAUCCGCACUCGAUCAGGGCAAGACAUCGUAAGAGCUUGCCUCUACUUGUCAUUCUAUUCAGCGGCAUCAAAUGGGCAUUGCGGGAGUUCAAGGCCAUUUUAUCGUCUCCUUUUCUUCAUAGCAGUCGUUAAGGUAGGACUGCUUUCUUAGUCUCAAAGUACCAGCUACCCGCGUACAUCACGGUACAUUGACAUACAAGGGCGUUGGGAUGGAUGUGUGGGCUAUUCACGUCGCUUUCUUCAAUUGUUUAUAUUCUCUGUAGCGAUACCCGUCUUAACUAUUGCUUAUACUCGGCUGGAAAAGUGUCUAGGUAAUUGUAAGGUGUCGGUUGCUCAGCUUCUAAAUUCUAUAGUCUUUGUAAAAUUAAACAAAGGUCGAAUCUGCACAUGUGCAUGUCGAAUCCGUGCAUUGUUCUUGUGGGAUAUGUGUAGCUCAUCAAAGAGACCUGUUAAGGGCCAGGGUUAUAUAGCGUGGGGAAAUCGCAGCAACGGGGGAAAGCGCGUCUCCACGACAGUGCAUCGACCAC